AUGUCUCAGCACCAACCCACCAUGUCGUGUUGUUCGAGUUCGAAUUUCGACGAGUAUCAAUGGGUCAUUAACGUCGGUCGAGCACUCGAAAAGGAGCUUGAAGAUGGUGAUGAAGAUCCUGUGUGCAUUUUUACUGUCCCCAAAACCUUGAUGUCUUCCCAUCCCGACACUUAUACUCCACAACAACUUUCACUAGGUCCAUACCAUUAUUUGCGUCCAGAUCUUCAUGAGAUGGAGUGCUAUAAGCUAUCUGCAGCCAAGAAACUGCAAAACCAACUUCAUAGGCGCCACAACUUUGAAAAUCUUGUCGAGCAAUUGAUAAAGCUUGAACCGAAGAUUAGGGCAUGCUACCACAAGUACUUAAACUUUAAUGCUGAAACACUAGCAUGGAUGAUGGCUUUGGAUGUUUCAUUCUUGCUCGAGUUUCUUCAAAUUUAUUCCCUCAAAGAAACUUCAAGUUCAUCGAGGGUGGUUACGUCACGGAUGUCUCAUUUGCUUGAUUAUUCAAAGAGGAAAUCGGUUCAUCAUGUAAUUCUAAGAGAUAUGGUGAUGCUUGAGAAUCAAGUACCGUUGUUUGUAUUGAGAAAGGUGCUAGAAUUUCAAUACCUUUCAGUUGAAUCGGCUGAUGAUAUGCUGCUUUCCAUGAUAAGGGGAUUAGCUAAAGAGCUCUCUCCUUUCAAGACGAUCGAGUUGCCAAAGUCUCAGAAAAUCUUGGAGCAUUCCCACUUGUUAGACCUCUUGUAUGACAUUAUAGUGCCGAAAGUGGAAGAACCGGUAGAGAUAUCUGAAGAUUUUGCAGAUCAAAUCGAAGCUGAUAUUCGGCUAGAAAGUGAAGGGUUUGGGUCUGAUUCGAAUUACGUAAAACAACUCCUGAACGAGAUUUGGAAUAUGGUUUCACAACGAACGACAGGCCCGGUAAGUCUCCUGAUCAAGAACAUCUCAUCAUCUGUGACAAUCAAGAUGAAAUUUUCUUGGACAAUCCUAUCUACACUCCUGCAUAUAUCACCAGAUGAUCCCAUUAAUACAGAAGAUGAGGGCUCUACCACCAGCAUGAACAAGCCACCAUUGGUAGAAGAGAUCACAAUUCCUUCAGUCACCGAGCUCUCAAAUUCUGGUGUUUCUUUCAUCCCUACCAGGGGAAACAUCUCAACCAUUAAUUUCGACAAAGAUAAAGCUGCAUUUUACCUGCCCACGAUUAGUUUAGACAUAAACACCGAGGCUGUGUUUAGAAACUUGAUGGCAUAUGAGAUAUCAAACGCAUCAGGACCCUUGAUUUUUACUCGAUACAUAGAAUUGUUGAACGGGAUCAUUGACACUGAAGAGGACGUGGGAUUGCUAAGAGAAAGAGGCAUUAUUUUGAACCGUUUGAAGAGUGAUGAGGAGGUGGCCAAUAUGUUGAAUGGAAUGAGCGACAGCAAGGCUAUUAGAUUGACAAAAGCUCCAAUUUUAGAUAAGGUGAUUGAAGAUGUGAAUAAGUAUCAUGGUAGCCUAUGGAUGAUAAAGAUAAGAAAGUUCACGAAGCGGUCUGUGUUCUCUUCAUGGCAGUAUCUCACGUUGUUCGCUGCCAUUGUUCUCAUGCUCUUACUGGCCAUGGAAUCGUUUUGCUCAGUUUUUAAUUGCUAUCGCAUCUUUCACAAUGAUUUUUACGAGGGCUAG